AUGGAUGUUAUUCGCUUUUGUUUAAAGGAUUGUGAUAAACUCUAGGCAGGUGAUGAGCAUGAUCUAGAUGGUAAAUUAUUUCACGUGAUUUGGUUGAACCUCUAUACUAUAUUUUUUACGGUCUAUGUUAUUGAGACCUGCUACGUGAUUCAGAAAAAUAUCAUAUUAAAUAAGGGCAGCAUCUUGAUAAUUUUGAGCACAUUUUGCUGCUUGAUUCUUAAAAUCGUUGCUUAUGUGUGGAGUGUUGUGGGAGAUAUUUAUAAUCCGAAUGAUAACUUAGAUGAUAUACUCUCGGAGAUAGCAGAAUUUGCUAAUAUUUUUGUGUAUGCUUGCAGCUUCUUCUUUAUAUUCACUUUAUGGAAAUCGUAUGUAUGUCUCUAAGACGAAUAGAAAUUUAUUAAGAAAAGACAAAAGUACUUGAUUGUGUUUUGGGUGGUAGUCUCUAUAUAUCUAGGUUGCAAUGUGUUUUUCACAGUUCUUGAAGUCUAAUGCCUCUAGUAAAAGUGCAUCAAGGAUGAGACAUCUGCUGUUUCAGUGAUUAAUCUGAUAUUGAACAUCUAUAAGUUUUUGGUCGAGUUAGUAUUCACAUACAUGUUUAUUAGAUCGUAUCUCUAUCUGAGGAAACCAGACAGCGAGCACAUGAUGAUUAAGAAGUAUAACAAGUACGAUGUGUGCAUUGCCAUCUUGAUACUACUUUGGUCAUCUAAGAUUGUAUUCUCGAAUACUCUGUACUUUUUCGAUGUCUAUUCUUCACCUAAAAAUGACGACCUUUACAAUUAGAUAUUCCAAUACUAUAGACUUUGGAUUAUCAUCACAAACUUCUGCUUUUCUACCUUUUUACUUUGGUUUCUAUUUAUUUCAACGCAUAAGCUUAAGCGAACUGAAAGAACAGUAUUUAGAGCUCCCUUGUUUUAAUUUGACCCGUUCCCAGAUUAGAUAAGGUAUUUGCUACAAAGACGAUCGAGUUAAAAUAAUAUACUGCUUCAGAGCACGACAAGUAUGCUUAGUUGCGAGAAUGAUAAUAAUACCAUGAUAAAGAAUAUAAAUGAUCAUAGUAAUGGUAAUGCUGACUGA